CGAGUAUGAUAAGGAAUGUCUUUUUCUGCACGGUCUUAUAUCUCUAGUGCACAGUAACGGAAGCGCACCGGUUAUACAGUCCUGGAACAGCACAGCACAGUUCAAGAGUCGCCAGAAAAAGUGAAGUUAUAUGAAAGUGGUUCAUUAUGGCAGAAGAUAUGAAAACUCCUUUGCUCUCAGACUCUGAAGGCCCUGCUGAUGCCCUACCUGUAUGUCUAACCAGCCCUACAGUGGCCAUACUAGGCUCUGGAGAUUUCUCUCGCUCACUGGCAGUGCGGCUGGUAGCUUCUGGUGUGCGAGUGGUGGUUGGAAGUCGCUGUGUGAAUCGCAUCCCAUCAGGACUGUUCCCUGAUGCAGUGGGGUUGAGGAACCAGGAGGGGGCAGUAUCACAAGCAGUGUGCCUAGUGUUUAUGGCAUUGUUCCCUGAGCAUUACCGCUCCUUGCUGGGGUUACAGUCUGCACUGGCAGGGAAGGUGCUUGUGGAUGUAAGUAACGCAGCAGAGAUGAACAUCCAUGGGACGUCCAAUGCGGAACGACUAGCUGAGCUGUUUCCAGACAGUCAAGUGGUCAAAGGUUUUAACACAGUUUCAACCUGGGAGCUGCAGACUGGGGCUCAUGAUGGAAGCAGACAGGUACUGAUCUGCAGUAACAGUACAGAGGGGAAGAAGAAAGUUGUGCAGUUGGCUCGGCAGAUGGGGUUCCACCCCGUGGAUAUGGGUGGCUUGUCUGCAGCUCGAAAAAUUGAGGCAGCCCCAUUGCGCCUGUUCCCAUCUUGGAGUGGCCCGGUUGUUGUCACCUUCCUCCUUUUUCUCUUUUUCUAUGGCUAUGGUUUCCUGCGGGGAAUUUUGCUGCCUUUUCUUGCACAAGGACACAAUGCUUUCUACCGUCUCACCCUUGACCUGGUGAACGAAAGCCUUCCAGCAGUAGCCUUGGUGACCCUGGCACUCGUAUACUUCCCAGGAUUGUUUGCUGCGUGGUUGCAGCUCUGGAGGGGCACCAAGUACCGGCGUUUCCCAUCCUGGUUGGACAACUGGUUGCAGCGGAGGAAACAACUGGGCCUGUUGAGCUUCCUUUGUGCAGCGUUGCAUGGUGUCUACAGCCUUUGCCUGCCGCUGCGCAGAAUUACACUGCACAGGACUGUCAAUACUGCCUACAGACAGGUUAACGCAGGUGCUGAGGAGCUCUGGGAUGAGCUGGGUGUUUGGCGAUCUGAGUUGUACCUUUCUUGUGGAGUGUUGGGCCUGGGUGUCCUUUCUUUACUGGCCAUCACUUCCCUACCCUCAGUGGGCAACACUCUCAAUUGGAGAGAGUUUACAUUUGUACAGUCUGGUUUGGGCUACAUUGCUCUGACUCUGUCCAUCAUGCACACGCUCUUCUUUGGCUGGGAUUUUGCCUUCCACAUUGAGGCAUAUCCAUUCUAUAUGCCGCCAAGCUACUUAUUGGCUGUAGCUCUACCCUGCGUUGUUCUGUUGUGCCGUUGCGUCCUUCUUCUGCCAUGCAUCCUCACCAGACUGACAAGAAUCCGCCGGGGAUGGGAGAGUAAACGCAACUGUCCAGUCUUACAGCACCACCAUGUGGUGGCUAAUGAAAUACCAUAGAGGUCUGGAAAUGAUUGCAAGAACACUCAUGUUUAAAAGCUUGGUGCAAUUAAGGACUUAUAUUAAAUGAAGUGUUAAACAGGUUAGAUACAUUUGGCAGUUAAAUGGUCAACACUUUAAAGAUGCAGGUCUCAACUGGAACGCAAGUGAAAAAACAUUACAGCUAAAAUGUGUGGAUUUUGAGACUGGCCAAAAUCUGACUACUUUAAGUCAGUCAGCCUUAUCUAAAAUGGGAACAAUAAUGACAUGAUGAGAUUGUCACACUGGCAAAUUUUGUCUCAUCUUCAUAAGGGAAAAAUAAAAAGACAGAUAUGAUAAGGUAAAUUUUAUAGUCAAGUUCAGUAUUCUGAUUGGAUGUUUGUGUUUUUAGGUGCAGUGUACCAGUUGUGAUCUUCUCUCAGAGGCACACAGACUAGCACUCCGCUCACACGUACAAAGACCUCAAGACCUUCAGCUUUCUAUUUCUGUUCACUAGAAUAUAAAAGCCAUCAUUAGUGUUUUGUUUUGAUAUCCGAGUCUUACACCUAUGCAUAGACUCAAAACUCAGGUCUGAAUCACACAGCUUUUAGCUUAGUCAUUCGUACUGAGGUAUAAAAGUCUUCAACUCCUGGCUCAGCUUUUACAAUUUGCACUAAAAUGACUUAACAUGUGCUUUGUAUUAUUACUACAGUAUGCCAAUACCUCAGAUGAUCAUCCUCCGGGCCAGUUACUGUGUAAACUCAAUUUGCAAACUCCAUCUAAGUACUGAAUACUAAUAAUGACCAAAAUUGCAUGUUAUGUGUCAAAACUGUUAUAAACAAAGCAUGUGUGAAAUUAUUGUUUGUAAUUAUGUAAAAAGUUUAAAAUAAUGUUUGGAUGUUUGGUUAUUUACACAGAUAUACAAUACAAAUUCAAAUUCAAAAUGGCCCAGUUGUACAGUAUGCAAUGACUGCAUAUGUUGCUCUGAAAAUUUUUUUACUAAAUGUUAAUAAAUUUUGAGUUUCACUUUC